AUGAAGGAAGGAUGCUGCUGCUCGGGUAUACGCUUUUGUGACCGUUGCAUUAGUUCUGAUCGUGCUCAAGCGAUUAUUCAUCAAAGCGUGGAUCUUACCAAGGCAUCUGACGUUGUUUCCCAGCAAUACGGUUCAGAACGUACCUCCUCAUGUUCUUUUGCUGUUGUAGGCCCUAGUCUGUACUCCUUCUGCUGGGAAUGUAGUUCAGUCUUUCAGAUGCAUGGCAGAGUCGUUAGAAGCUGUGCGGAUCAUGUGGAACUUUCCUCUGUCACCAACCUCAGUCUUGCAGGGUUGUUUGUUGCGCCAGAUUUUUUAUCGCUUCUAGAGGAGGAGAAACUUGUGAUGUUUUUUGAUAAUCCCUCGUCCUUUCCGGGCUGGAAGCCGUCGCAAAGUGGGAGGCGAAAGCAGGACUUUGGGCCUCGAGCUAAUUUCAAGAAACGGAAACUGAGGGUGCCUGGCACUCCAUGGAUGCCCCAGCAGUUAAAAGAUGUCUUGGGGAAAGUGAGCUCUUUUGUCACACAACAGAGUGGGAAGCCGUUCUGUAUUGUUGAGGCAUCGGUACUAGAGUACACCAGUGAGAAUAGCAGUAGCAUAGAUCCCCACAUCGAUGAUACCUGGUUAUGGGGUGAUCGUAUUGGCGGACUCAACCUUCUGGAAGAUGCAGUGAUGACGUUUGUGCACGGUAAUGGAACGGCGGUAGACGUUUUUAUUCCACGUGGGGCCUUCUUUUUGUUGUCUAAAGAUAGUCGAUUUAUCUGGAUGCAUGGCAUUCGCCAAGAAAACAUUAGAAACCGUCGUAUCUCAAUUACUGUAAGAGAGCUCGCGGAAGAUUUAGAGGUUGAUGCAGAGUUGCUAAAAACUAUAAUGGAGAACGCCUCAAGCUUUGUGUAA